AUGUACCGCCAAUUUUGCCCUCCAAACGCCAAAGGUAUGAAAACUAACUUAGAGAUUCGCAGAUAUGCUGUGGAUGGAGAACAAAGGGAAGAACCCUUUGAUAAAUUGAGAAAGGGCGAUAAAAGGAACAUAGCACAUGAUAAGAGAAUAGCGGGAGAAGCUUAUGUCAGUAGCACCUCUGGAAAGGCUGUAUUGGCUAAAGGGCUGAAACCUCGUUGUAGUAGUGAAAAAUGCAAGAGUAAAGUGUGCAGCAUUAGUGAUGUGCAAAGGCAGAAAAUAUACAACGCUUUUUAUGGUACAAAGAGCUUACAGUAA